CUCCAGACUCCGAGUCCUCAUGGAGUGCGGAGUCCAUGUCGGGUUUUGUGUGCGUCCCGCGCUCCGACGGCUCCCGCAGCCGGCAGCCUGCUCGCCACUGCACCGGCGCUGUUGACUGGAAGCCCCGCUCCGCGCUGCCUCCUCCAGCAAGUGUCUCAACGCUGCGAGCGGGACCUUCUCCAGAGGAGAAGCCGCCGCAGAAACUUGCCCGGUCUCGUUCGAGAGGAGCCAGGAGAGCCGCGUCGGAGGAUCGGUCUUCUCCCCCCCACCCCACCACCACCCCCCCCGCAAAAAAAAGAAGCCCCACUUGUUUUGCCCCUUUCACUCACUCUUGUCUCUCUCUCUCUCUCUCUCUCUCUUUGAUUUUUUUUAAUUUUGAUUUUGUUUGCCCCCAACCUCCGCUUCUCUCCUCUUCUUGCUCGCCGUCGCUGCUCCGGGAGCGAGGGCGCACAGAGGGGCCGGCCGAGGAGAGACGCGCAGCUCCGAGGCGCACGCGGCGUGGAUGAGUGGGGUCCGAGCGCACAGCAGCACCUCGGCCGACAUGGACGCGUGUGUCCGGUGCAGGGGAACGAGCGGGGGCCCCGCCGCCCGAUAGCCUGCCGCCGUCCCAGAGAAGGGGAGCAUGCCUCAGACCCGCAGAGCCACUCACGUCGCCGCAGAGGAGUUCCCAUCCGACUGUCCCUCCGCAAUCUGACUUUCUAAUUUUUAUAUAUAUAUGUAUAUAUAUAUACAAUCCACAUUCCCUCCCCACGCUGACGACAGUUGUUUUGUUUGUAUCCUCGGCUGGCUUCGCUGCUUUUCAAGAAAGGUGAGAGGAUCAAUGAUGAGCAUCGCUGAGAACGUUUGGCUUGGACUUUUUUAAUCAGAAGCUUUUCCUCACAACACAAACCUUCCACAAACCAUCAACACCAGGCGCCAUGGCAUGCUCCUUGUGGAAACUACACACCUUCUGCUGGUUUCUCAUCACACUAGCCCAAGUGCACUCCACAGAGGGGUUUAGUCGAGCUGCCCUGCCAUUUGGCUUAGUGCGGAGAGAGCUGUCUUGUGAGGGUUACCCCAUCGAUCUGCGGUGUCCAGGAAGUGAUGUCAUAAUGAUCGAAAGUGCCAACUAUGGCCGAACAGAUGACAAGAUCUGCGACGCUGACCCUUUCCAGAUGGAGAACAUCAACUGCUAUCUUCCAGAUGCCUACAAAAUAAUGUCGCAAAGAUGCAACAAUCGGACCCAGUGCAUCGUGAUCACGGGUUCAGAUGUCUUCCCCGACCCAUGCCCAGGGACCUACAAAUACCUGGAGGUCCAGUAUGAGUGUGUGCCCUACAAAGUGGAGCAAAAAGUUUUUCUUUGUCCUGGGACUCUGAAAGCUGUCGGUGAUCCUUCCUUUUUAUUUGAAGCGGAGCAACAAGCUGGUGCCUGGUGCAAAGACCCACUGCAAGCCGGCGACAAAAUCUACUUCAUGCCUUGGACUCCUUACAGGACAGACACUCUCAUUGAGUAUUCCUCCCUGGAUGACUUCCAAAACGCCAGACAAACCAUCACCUACAAGCUGCCCCACCGGGUGGAUGGGACUGGAUUUGUGGUCUAUGACGGGGCUGUGUUUUUCAACAAGGAACGUACGCGCAACAUAGUGAAGUUUGACCUGCGAACUCGUAUCAAAAGUGGCGAGGCGAUCAUCAACAAUGCAAACUACCACGACACGUCGCCCUACAAGUGGGGUGGUAAAACGGACAUUGAUCUGGCGGUUGAUGAGAACGGGCUGUGGGUGAUCUAUGCCACAGAGCAGAACAAUGGCAUGAUGGUGAUCAGCCAGUUGAACCCCUACACCCUACGUUUUGAAGCUACCUGGGACACGGCCUAUGACAAACGCUCCGCCUCCAAUGCCUUCAUGGUUUGCGGAGUACUGUAUGUGGUCCGCUCCACCUAUGAAGACAAUGAAAGCGAGGUCAGCAAGAGCCUGAUCGACUACAUUUACAAUACAAAACAGAACCGUGGGGAAUACGUUGACAUCCACUUUCCAAACCAGUACCAGUACAUUGCAGCUGUGGAUUAUAAUCCGCGAGAUAACCAGCUCUAUGUGUGGAAUAAUUUUUACAUCCUGAGGUACAAUCUGGAGUUUGGCCCACCUGAUCCAGCACACGCUCCGCCGCUGUCAGAAGUCACCACGUCCGCUCAGCCUCCGAGAACUACAACCACCACCACCACAACCACGGCGCACCGGGGUGUGGCCAACGCCACUGCCACAACAGGGCUGAAGGAGGGCAGCAGGGGAGCGCCCAGGCCGCCUCCUGGGAUUCCACAGACUACUUCCCCUCCACCCCUGGAGUCCUUCCCGCUGCCGGAGCGCUUCUGCGAAGCCACCGAGAAAAGAGACAUAACAUGGCCUCAGACCCAGAGGGGCAUGCUGGUGGAGCGACCGUGCCCCAAGGGAACCCGAGGCACAGCCUCUUAUUUAUGUGUCCUCUCCACUGGGGCCUGGCACCCGAAGGGCCCUGAUCUCAGCAACUGUACCUCCCACUGGGUCAACCAAGUCGCCCAGAAGAUUCGCAGCGGCGAGAACGCAGCUAACUUGGCAAACGAGUUGGCCAAGCACACCAAAGGCCCCAUCUUCGCCGGGGACGUCAGCUCCUCCGUGCGCCUGAUGGAGCAGCUGGUGGACAUCCUGGAUGCUCAGCUGCAGGAGCUCAGGCCCAGCGAGAAGGAUUCUGCAGGGCGGAGUUUCAACAAGCUUCAAAAACGAGAAAGGACAUGCAGGGCGUACAUGAAGGCCAUUGUGGACACAGUAGAUAACCUUCUGCGACCGGAGGCCUUGAAGUCCUGGCAAGACAUGAACAGCACGGAACAAACGCACGCAGCCACCAUGUUACUGGACACCCUGGAGGAAGGGGCCUUCGUCCUUGCCGACAACCUCAUGGAACCCGCCUUUGUCAAAGUUCCUGCAGACAAUAUAAUCCUGGAUGUGUAUGUACUCAGCACAGAUGGCCAGGUUCAGGAUUUUAAAUUUCCGCAAUCCAGCAAGGGUGGGAUCUCCAUCCAGCUCUCCGCCAACACGGUCAAGCUCAACAGCAGGAAUGGAGUUGCCAAGCUGGUUUUCGUCCUCUACAAAAACCUGGGCCAGUUCCUCAGCACGGAGAACGCCACCAUAAAGAUGGCCAACGAGGCUUACGGCCGCAACGUAUCGGUGGCCGUCAACUCGGACAUCAUCGCCGCCUCAAUCAACAAAGAGUCCAGCCGUGUAUUCAUCAACGACCCGGUGAUUUUCACCCUGGAGCACAUUGACAUGGAGCACUACUUCAACUCCAAUUGCUCCUUCUGGAAUUACUCUGAGAGGAGUAUGAUGGGCUACUGGUCCACCCAAGGCUGCAAACUCCUGGAUUCCAACAAAACACACACCACCUGCUCCUGCAGUCAUCUCACCAACUUCGCCAUCCUCAUGGCGCACCGUGAAAUCUCGGUCACUGACCGAGUCCAUGAGCUGCUUCUCACCGUCAUCACUCGCGUUGGGAUCGUGGUGUCGCUCGUCUGCCUCACCAUCAGCAUCUUCACCUUCUGCUUCUUCCGGGGCCUGCAGAGCGAUCGCAACACCAUCCACAAGAACCUGUGUAUUAAUCUGUUCAUCGCUGAGUUAAUAUUCCUAAUUGGUAUCGAUAUGACGGAACCCAGGAUUGGAUGCGCCAUCAUUGCGGGGAUCCUUCAUUUCUUCUUCCUGGCCUCCUUCUCCUGGAUGUGCCUCGAGGGGGUCCAGCUGUACCUCAUGCUCGUGGAGGUCUUUGAGAGUGAAUACUCGCGGAAGAAGUACUACUAUGUGUCCGGUUACCUCUUCCCCGCCAUCGUGGUCGGCGUCUCCGCAGCUAUCGACUACCGGAGCUACGGGACCAAGAAAGCGUGCUGGCUAAGUGUGGAUAAUCAUUUCAUAUGGAGUUUUAUAGGACCUGUCACCUUUAUCAUCAUGCUCAAUCUCAUCUUCCUGGUCAUCACAAUGUACAAAAUGGUGAAGCACUCUACCACCCUGAAACCAGACUCUAGCCGACUGGAGAAUAUAAAAUCAUGGGUCAUGGGUGCUUUCGCCCUGCUGUUUCUCCUGGGUCUGACGUGGUCCUUCGGCCUGUUCUUCAUCAACGAGGCCUCGAUUGUCAUGGCGUACCUCUUCACCAUAUUCAACACCUUCCAAGGAAUGUUUAUCUUCAUCUUCCAUUGCCUUCUCCAGAAAAAAGUCCGCAAAGAGUACAGCAAGUGCUUCCGCCACACGUACUGCUGCGGCGGGCUGCCGGCCGAGAGCUCGCACGGUUCCGCCAAGACUUCCACCACACGGACCAGCGCACGCUACUCCUCUGGUACACAGAGUCGUAUCAGGAGAAUGUGGAAUGACACCGUAAGAAAGCAAUCCGAGUCCUCCUUUAUCUCAGGUGACAUCAACAGCACCUCCACCCUUAACCAAGGAAUGACCGGGAAUUAUCUACUAACAAAUCCUCUUCUGCGACCACAAGGCACUAACAACCCUUAUAACACCUUGCUGGCUGAGACAGUCGUGUGUAACACCCCCACGGCUCCAGUGUUUAACUCGCCAGUGACCUACAGAGAGACAAGGCACUCACUGAGCAAUGCGGUGAGGGAUACAAGUGCAAUGGAUACUCUACCGCUAAAUGGUAACUUUAAUAAUAGCUACUCGCUCCGCAAUGGGGACUUUGGCGACAGUGUGCAGGUAGUAGACUGCGGCCUCAGUCUGGACGAUGCUGCCUUCGAGAAAAUGAUCAUCUCCGAGCUCGUACACAACAACCUGCGUGCCUGUAACAAAAGCCACCGACAGCAACAGCAGCAGCACCCCAGUUUACAUCACCCGCCCCACCAGCAGCCUCCGCAGUACCACCAUCACCACCACGUGGAGCGGGCUCCGCCCAGGGUGACGGUGAUAGGCGGCAGCAGCAGCGAAGACGACGCCAUCGUAGCAGAUGCUUCGUCUUUGGUGCACAUGAGUGACACGGUGGGCCUCAAGCUGCACCAUCAGCAGGCGCUGGAGGCGCCGCUGAUCCCCCAGCGGACUCACUCCCUUCUGUACGCACCCCAGAAGAAGGUGAGGACCGAUGGGGGAGUUGACACCUUUGUCAGCCAGCUGACACCCACCAACGCUGACGACAGUCUGCAGUCCCCAAACAGAGACUCCUUGUACACUAGUAUGCCUAAUCUUAAGGACUCGCCAUACCCAGAGAGCAGCCCCGACGUGGUGGAGGACCUGUCCCCUUCUAAAACAAGCGAGACGGAGGACAUUUACUACAAGAGCAUGCCUAAUUUAGGGGCCGGACACCAGCUCCAGGCCUAUUACCAGAUAGGCCGAGGGGGCAGUGAUGGUUACAUUAUUCCUAUAAUGAAAGAGGGCUGCAUACCUGAAGGUGAAGUGCGGGAAGGACAGAUGCAGUUAGUGACAAGCCUUUAAAUGUAUUUAAAUCAUCCCCCAAACCUCUUCCUGCACUUCUGCAGCCCUUACCUCUUGGAGAGGACACACCAGGGAAGGGAAGAGAAGGGAGGGGAAGGGAAGGGAAGGGAAGGGAAGAGUUUGUUUUAUGUUUGAAGCGAGCCUAUGAAGCCCCGUCAUUCACGUCAGCCAUUUGCAAACCUCCCCUCCCCCCAUCUGCAUUGCCAUCUCCUUCUACCCAAACGUGCUACUCCUACCUACCACCCUCGCAGACCAACAGACUUGGUGCACAGCGGUGGCAGCGUGAAGUUUUGAUGAGACUGUACAUAAAAUGCAGAGUCUGAUUUCAAUUUAAAGAGACAAGCCAACUAUGUAUUUAAAUGUGCUGCUGCUGUUGAGUAAUUGAGAUGAAAAAAAUUUAAGAUACGAAAAAAUAAAAGACCAAAAAAAAAAUAAAAUAGAAGAAAGAUAAUAACCGGCUACAUCUGAUCAGCAGUUUCCCGGUCAAAAGGUUGUACAUACACUCCCAAACAUCCUCGUUAAAACCUGUUGGUUGUUUUUUUUGGUGUUUUUUUUGUUUUAUUGUAAACAAAACAACACCUCUGGACCAGGACCUGGACAAUAUUUGUGAAAUGUUCCUCAUCAGACUGUGAGAAAAGGAACAUGAGGUCCUGGUUGCCAAGUGUCGUUCACCAUGAAGUUUGGAUUGUAUAACCACUAGCAAUCAAGCCCCUGGCCUUAUAUUUUCUCAACUGUACAUUGAACUGUUGUCAAGGAAAAUGGCUCAAAUAUAUAUUUUGUUGUAUUGCUAGUGUAAAAUAAAAAUUCAUGGGAAAAUCGUAAAUAUGAAGAAAACCUUUUAAUUGCAAAAUUUUACGUUUGAGAGACUAUUGUGUAGAAGUUGCACAUAUGUUAUACAGCGUGUUUAUGGUUCCAACACUUCAUUCAUGGUAGUACGUUUGAACAUUAAAAGCUUAUGAAAAGAAAGGAGGAUUCAACAAAUUUACAAAGAUGCAUUACCACUUUUUUCACUUGUGAGCAGUGUUUUUUGCUUCAUUAGUUCCAUUGAUACCACCCAUUGCAAUAUGUUUAUUCCGCAUUACUUCAGUAGAAUGGGGAUGCAAAACCCCCCGAAAAAGUGAUUUAUGCAUUGCACAGUUUUGUUGUGUAAUUUUGAAAUAGAUCAAUUUGACAGUCGUGGCAGAGUGAUGGGCACGCAGCAACUGAAUUGAAACCAACUUUUGACAAGUUUCUUUCAUAAAUGUAGUUCUUCCGCCUGGUUCUGGACAUUUUAUUUAUUGAAAUCUUUCCAAAAGAAGAGUGGGAUACGUGUGAAAGUUUCCCAGCACUGGUAUACAUGCUGUACUGUAGCUCAUGUUUUUUUAUGUAAACAUGUUACCAAGGGGCUCAUCACUUAAGACUGAUGUAAAGUUCAACACUUGUUUAACAAAUAAAAUAAAUGUGAGAUUUUUUGUCAAAUGCCAGUUGCUUUUUAAUGGUUUCUGUUUUGGUUACUAUUCGAGGAGACAGGCUUGAUUAUUUUUGCUAUGGACAACAUACACUUUUGACUCAGGUUCUAAGUAAGUCCCGAGCACCUUGCAAGUUCAAUUUGGUGAAAUUGUUUUCUUGGGGAUAUAUUAGCUUUUUUUAUUUCUGCUUUUCCUCAAUCGCUGCAGAGUAGAGCUCAUUUCACCAUAUGUGUUAGAGAAGCCAAAUCUUUCCAUGUGAUUCAAAGAUGAGAAACUCAGGUAGGAAAAUUGCAUUGUAAAUGUUCCUCUGUGUGGUUGUAACACUAAUAAAGGUUCAAAAUGACACUGGUU